UUCUUCUCUCAGUUUCUCCCACCCAUAAUUGAGAACAGAGAGAGGAAGAGAUUGAUAGAGAGAGAGAGAGGGAGAGAGAUGAACAGAGGUUGAUGAAGAUCGACAUGAUUGAUUCAGAUAGCUAGGUUUUAGCUACCAUCAAUGGUAUGGCCCCUCUUUUGUCUCCCACCAAGCUUUCUGAAUCGUUCACAAUUGUCUUCUUCCUCUCUUAGAACAUCAUUUCAGGCAGCUAGCUUCUCAUAUCUGAAGAGGCUGGUUGUUUAUAAAUAGGAGAAAAACAUGUAUACAUAGCAUACUUCGAUUCUAACGCCGACAGCUUAUAUUUAAGUUGUUGCGGUUAAAAAGCUCGUAUAUACUCCCUGUAGUCAUAGUUACACCUUAGCUGCAAUGGCGGGGAUGCUUCCUGGUGUGGAAUGUGCUCGAAGGAGACGAGUCCAUCAGAGCAGUGAAUCACCAAAUCCGGCUAAUACAAAUGGCUGCACCAGACGCUCAUCUUUUUGCCUGUAUGCUAGCAACAAUGAAACUCACCAAACCUCAACGUUUUCUCUGCAAAGAAGCAAGCUGAAUCAGGCUUCAUACAUGGAUGAGAAGCUAGGAGUGGAAGCUAGAGUAGCCAAGGAGAGACUAGAUGAAAGAUUGAGAACGCAGAGAAAAACACAACCCAAUAGGCUAAAUAGCAAGGAAGGAUCAUUGAGAAGUAGUAGUGUGGAUGAUGGAAGAUGUACCAUGAUUCCUAGGGAGUUGCACAGAGAAGUGUAUGGAUCAAAGAAGACUACUACUAAGACUGGGUCAAGGAAGUUCAGCUGGGCCAAGUUGAGCUGGAAGUCAUCUGACCAAGAUGAGUGCGCUGUUUGCCUUGAGAGGUUCAUGCCAGGUGAGACCCUGGUGCAUCUGCCUUGUGCUCAUAGGUUCCAUUCUGGCUGCAUGGUCCCAUGGCUAGAGAAGAAUGCUCAUUGCCCUUGUUGCAGAAUGGGGGUAGCUUUAGUGUCCCAGUAAAUUGACUUCUCUUUAAUUUGUGUUGAUUUAUCUGUAAUGAGCUUGCAGUUGUAGGGUUGGUGUGGAUCAGGAUGUUCCUUUAUGGAUCAUUACCUUGUAGCUGUCAUAUGAUUUUGUUGAUGAAAGACUAGUGAGGAACUCUGUGUGUGAGUGAAAUUAUGUAUAUAAAUGGUCGGUAGUUUCAAGGUGCUUCAUAGUAGAGAUCAAAUGUCAUACAUAAACACAUUUUU